AUCAAAACUGACGCGGUGACGUCACGCAACUAGGACGCUCUGGAAUAUUCCACGCCUGCGCACUGCGUGUGUCCGCGUGGUGUUCCACCAGGAUAUUCUGCAAGUCACGGUGGGCCUUGACAGGGGGGCGUUUGACACACAACGUUACUGUUAAAGAAAACUAGCCGCAAAAACGGAGUUCACGGCACAAGAGUCAAAUCAGUACUGUAAACACUUAACCUGCGGCGGUCUGCGGCCGCCGACAGUGUAACUUGGACUCUGAUUGGUUUGCCACUUGUUGCUAGCGUGGUUUUCAACGGCGAGGGCGGAAGUGUGCCGGUUCGACAUUUCCUGAAUUGUUGUCAGGUUAGUUUUGGGGUUACGUAGAGGGUCUCCAUGCUUGUGUGUUUUUUUUUGUUGGAGUUGGAUGGAUUCCGAGUACAGACAGCAAACAACAAACAACAAGGGCUGGUUGAGAGGAGGGUUUGAAGAGACGCAACAUCACCUGAACAAUACCAAGUCACUUUGGGAGGGGAUUAAGAAAUGACUGGGAGACUAUAUAUAUAAUUCACCAGAAGCUGCAGCAAUAAUAUAUUUAAUAUAUCUUCAUAUCAUAAGCACAGCCUUGACUUGUUCCAUAGACGGAAGGAGCGGUCUAUAGAUAUUAAUAGCACGUUCGCAUUUAUAAUGUACAACAGUACGAGGACAGACAUAGAUUUACUUUGAAUUUGUAGUAAUAUCAUUUUUUUAAAAAAAUUGUUAGCCUUCGACUAACGGAAUGUGAACCCAAGGACGUUUUUUUUUAAAAAAAAAAAUAAAAAAAUAAUACAUGGCGAAGACUUCUCCUUUUUAGAAUGCUGUGUUGGGGACAUCUAUUAUUUCCUGAGCGAUAUUACAGUACAAGAUUCUGAAUGAAUGUUUAAGAACUUGUGAGGACUAAACCAGGAGUCACGCGAAGAGGAAGAGAUUGAUUUGGGAUCUUCGCAGGCAGGACAACUGCAGCACGACUUGCUGGUUUCUCGGUGCUGCUGCCCACAGGAAAAGCCUGCUCUGAGCUGGAGGAAAAACAGGCUGAUUUCCGAAGUUGGAGCAGCAGCAGUUACUUUUCUCUUUGAUUCCUUCAACUCUAAAAUUAAAAAAAAAAAAUCAACCCAAAACUAUUGAGAGAGGAGGGGGGGUGUAUCUCCUUCUUGAAUUCUGACAUUUUCUGAGAGGGAAAAAAAUAUAUAUACAUCACCCCCCGGCCCCAUCUCCACUAAUCCCAAACCCUAAAGAAAAGAACAAACUUUACCGACCUGAGAACGCUUCCUAUUUGAAUAUAUAUAUAUUUUUGUUAUAUAAUUACAACAGUACUAUUUAUAAUAAAGAAAUCUCAGGAGCAGAGAGAUUUUUUUUUUUUUUUUAAUAUAUGUGUUUUUUAUUAAUACUAUUCUCAUUAAGACCAUGCUUUACUUGAAGAAGUACUUGACGGAGGGUCUGAUCCAAUUCACCAUCCUGCUCAGCCUGAUCGGGGUGAGGGUCGACGUGGACACCUACCUGAGCUCCCAGCUUCCCCCGCUGCGCGAGAUCAUCCUGGGCCCCAGCUCCGCCUACACCCAGACCCAGUUCCACAACCUCCGCAACACGCUGGACGGCUAUGGCCUCCACCCCAAGAGCGUGGACCUAGACUACUACUUCACCGCCCGCCGGCUGCUUGGCGAGGUGCGCUCCCUGGACAGGCUGCAGGUUCCCAGCACGGAGCUCAGCGCCUGGCUGGUUCACCGGGACGCCGAGGGCCCCGUGGUCUCCAGCCCGCAGUCCGGCAGCAGCUCCGGCAUUGCCCUGGAGAAUGCCAGCGGCGGGCUGGAGGAGGUGGGCAACCCUGAGGGUUCGGCCAUGAGGGGCAACGGAUCCCUGGACCAGGGCUACGUCCAGGAGUCGGAGGAGAACCUGGGGGCUGUGGCUCCGGAGGACAGCAAUGAACUCCACAACGACAGCAGAAGCAACAACCUGACUAAAGAGGAUAUCGAUCUGAUUGACAUCCUGUGGCGGCAGGACAUCGACCUGGGAGCGGGGCGAGAGGUGUUCGAUUACAGCAGCCGUCAGAAAGAGGAGGAGGAGGAGGAGAAGAAGAAGCAGAGCGAGGAGGAGGAGCCGACGGGAGAUGGCUGGAGGAACGGCCUGAACCAGCUGGGGGAGGGGCCUGUGGACGGAGAGACCGGAGAGUGCAUCCCACAACAGUUGCCCAGCCUUGUGGACCGAACCGCCCUGUCUCUACAAGAGUGCCUGAGACUGCUGGAAGCCACCUUCCCUUUUGUAGAAGAGACUGAGUUCCCAGGCUCUGUGUUUCCGGUACUGGAGGACUCCAGUGAAGAGGGGCCCUUCACUUCCAGCUCCCAGGGACCCCUGCUCUCCCCCCUGUUGCCCGAGACUGACUCUCCCCUGGACCGGGAGCAGCAGUGGCAGGAUAUCAUGGCCAUCAUGGAUCUGCAGGACAUGGAAGUAAACGAAGCCGCUGACCCAUCUUUCAACACCAGCAGCGCCAGCAGCAGCAGCGGAGUGGACAUGGGGUCCCUGACUGACUUCAGCCUCUCCGCCCACACCCCCAUCAACCAGGACGUGAGCCUCCACCAGGCCUCCCUGCCCAGCUGCAGCCAGGACUUCCCGGGGGGCUUCUUCAACCCCGAGCUCGGCUCCUGCCCCAUGGAGGCUGUGGGGGCCGGCCCCCCCACCGCCCUGCUCUGCCUCUCCUCGGGCAACUCCAGCGACGUCAACUCCACCUUCGGGGCGACCAACCUGACAGACGUGCUCCUGCCCCCGCGGCUCAACGGCUCCUCCAACGGCACGGGGCUGCCGGACCCGCUCACCGGGCUGCUGGAGGAGGCCCUGCUGGACGAGAUCAGCCUGCUGGACCUGGCCCUGGUGGAGGGGUUCAACCCAGCCCAGGCCUCCCGGCUGAGGGAGGAGUUUGAUUCCGACUCGGGGCUGUCACUGGACUCCAGCCAGAGCCCCGCCUCACCGAGCGGCUCCGAGACCUCCUCUUCCUCAUCUUCGUCAUCAUCGUCUUCGUCGUCCUCCUCCUCGUUCUCGGAAGAAGGGGCGGUGGGCUACAGCACGGACUCGGAGGCGGUGGAUUUCGAGGAGGGGGGCGCGGUGGGGGGUUGCUACCAGCCCGAGUUCAGCAAGUUCUGCCGCAUGAGCUACCGGGACCCCUCCCGGUUCGGCCACCUCCCCCAGCUGGAGCACGUGGCCCACAACCACACCUACAACCUCGCCCCGUCCCCCACGGACCAGUCCCCUGCCCCUGGAGGGGUGGGAAAGAAGGGAGCGGGCAGGGAGAAGCAGCAGCUACAGCAAGACUUCCUGGACAAGCAGCAGAGCCGAGAUGAGAGGAGAGCCCGGGCCAUGAAGAUCCCCUUCUCCAACGAGAAGAUUGUCCACCUGCCCGUGGAGGAGUUCAACGAGCUGCUGUCGAAACACCGUCUGAGCGAGUCCCAGCUCGCCUUGGUCAGGGACAUCCGCCGCCGCGGCAAGAACAAGAUGGCAGCCCAGAACUGCCGCAAGAGGAAGCUGGACACCAUCCUGAACCUGGAGCAGGGCGUGGAGGCGCUGCGCAGGGACAAGGCGCGGCUGCUGCGGGAGAAGGUGGAGUUUGUCCGCUCCCUCAGGCAGAUGAAGCAGAAGAUGCAGAGCCUGCACCAGGAGGUGUUCUCCAGGCUGCGGGACGAGAGCGGGAGGCCUUACCCGGCCGGAGAGUUCUCCCUGCAGUACAGCAGCGACGGCAGCGUCCUGCUCGUGCCCAGGAGGCUCCGCGACGAGCAGCAGCAGCCGUCCAGGAAGCCAGAGAAGAAACAGAAAGAAAAGAAGAAGUGAGAUUGCUGAUUUCAAACAAACAAACAAACAUUUUUUUUUACAUAUAUAAAGUACAUGUUACAGAAAAGUAUGUAAAUAAAGAACUUUUUUUUUUAAGGAAAUAAUAUCCGUAAUUUUUUUUCGACCCUUGUCCUGGGAAAGAAGAAAAAGAAAGGAAAAGCACAAUAAGUUGGAUGCUUUUAGGAUUUAUGAGAAAAAAAAAAAAAAGUAAAGGAUUUCAAAAUAAGACAGACAAAAAAAAAAUGGAAGGAACUUACAGAAAAUGAAAUCUGUCUCAGAACCGAUGGCUGCAGGUCAGUUUGGAAGGAGAUGGACGGUUUGGCUUGGGUUGUUUUUUGAAGAAGGUGGAUAGAAAAAAAAAAAAAGGACUGGUCCAAGUUAAGAGAGUCAGGGUCCAAACAUGUAGAAAAAAUGCUCACCCAUUGCAGCUGCAUCAGGUUAAACACACGCACACACACAAAUUGCAAGUCCAGUUAAGUGGGAAUAUCUAGGGGUGUCAUUAUUUGCUUUGUAGGAUUGAGGGUCUUUUUAUAUAUAUAUAUAUAUAUAAAAAAAAAAAAAGUAUUGGAGAAGGUUCCAGGGGCGGGGGUCGUUCAAACAGGCUAGAGGCUAAGCCAGAGCAGGUCUGGGCUGUGUUGUUGGAGGUGGGUGUGAGUUUACCGGGGGGGGGGGGGGGGAACAAAAGAAAGAACUUUAGGGUUUUUUUUGCCAAUGUUUGUUUAUCAAAAAUUGUAUGGUCUCAAGCAGUUUCCAUCUUCCAUUAUAAUUUCCUUCCCGCCUUAUUUUUGCUUAAAAAAAAAAACCAAAAAAAACCUUUUGAAGAACUUUAGUUGCGAUUUUAAACAAAUGAUCGAAUGACGCGAAAGUGCCGCGGUGGUGUGCUUGGAGUGAAGUGCCGGUCCUUCUCCCGCCUUGGAGAAAGGCGCUGCGUUCAUCAUGCAAGUGGUAUAAAAUAAGCCAUGGAGGGGGAUGACUUUCGGAAUAACCGAAAUGUGGCCAAAACAAGUCGUGGAAAGUGGAUGGACUGAGGAAUCGGAGCCCCUUGCUGGUGGAGGAGGAACUGUUGCUAAACCUGCCAUUGUAUAUCUGUGCAUAAUUUUAUAUACACAGUAUGUAGGGCUUGGCUGCACCACGCAGUGGCUGUUGGAGCGUAUGCAGAUUACUGCACAGGUCCCAUACACCAGAGUGAAGAGAAACUGUGUUUUGAAUGCAAGACUUGCAGCUUCAAACUCAACAACCGUGCAUGUAGGCCACUGCCUUAUGUAUUACACACAUACAUACAUGCAAAAAAAAAAUGUAUGUAAUGUAUUACAUUAUUAUUAUUAUUAUUAUCAUUACUGAAGUCUCCAGCCCUGGUAUGCUGAUUGUAAAACAUGAAUCCGCCAUGUCCCUCAACUCGGCACAACUGGGCAGAUGUUGAUAAGACGAUUAUAAUGUGCCGCAUGCAGGGACGGGGGAAAAAAAUAUUAUUAUUAUUGAUGUCUCUUUUUGUAUAGCUGAAAAAUAAAAAAAUAACGAUUUUUUUUUUUUUUUUUUUUAGAGGCUGAAACCACUUAUUUAAUAUUGGAGAAAAUAAAAUGGUAAUACAGUGAAACUUUGAUUAUCUGAACCACGGUUAUCGGUACAGCCCCUUGUCAACCUGUCCUCUUCUGCCCUGUUUGCAAAGAAAAGAAGCUAACCAACCUUCAAUCUCUGGUAGCUGCAGAACAAUACAGUACUGUAGGUUAGAUAUUUACAGGCAAAGGGGGGUCAUUUAUAUCUCUUUAGGAGGUUUCUUGAUUGGGAAGGUCAUGUAAAAAACUUCUGUCAUAAUUCGAUUAUCAGAACAAUAAGAUUUCUUGAACACCCUCCAUUUCCCAAUUGCUUUGUAUAAGUUCUACUGAAUAGUGUCCCCCAAAUUAUUAUUAUUUAUUAUUAUUAUUAUUAUUAUUAUUAUUAUUAUUAGUAGUAGUAUUAUACAUGAAAGUUUCUCAUGUUCCAACAAAAAAAAGGCCAUUGCAACCGCAGGCUUGUAACAAGUAGACGUGACUGUUUCAGGUGGCAGAAAAAUAAACUGGGCCAUUUUAUUGUAUUUUUUGGGCAUGGAUAGUGUGACAGUUGAACCCACAGUGGCUUUGUCAAUGAUGACCGUUACAGUAGGUUUGAAUCAUUUAGGUGAAAUUGAAUUUGUAUUACAGUACAACUGAAUAAUGACCAAGUUACUUGGAAUAAGAAAGCUCUUGCUGUGUACAAAAUUGGUGUCAUACAUACAGUGCGAUUAGUUAAAUAGCAAAACUACAAUACAGCUAGCUCUUCAGCGUAGUGCUCUAGUUACUUAUGAUCUACAAGUAUGUUACACAUGUAUUAAAAAAAAUUAAGAUGGCACUCAAUAUUAUAGUAAUUGAAUUAGCGGUCCAAAGCCUGCAGCUGUCCAUGGGCAAAACUUAUAAAAGACGCACAUGCCUUUGCUUCAUGGAAUAAUUUAUAUUUAUAUUUAUAUAUAUAUAUAUAUAUAUAUAUAUAUAUAUAUAAAUUGUCCAAUGAGAAUGUUACGCACAGGGUGUUGGAAAAUAUCACAUUUUGGGUUGCAGUUGAAUUUUUCGUUUUAAUAAUUUUACCUAAAUGAAUAGGGAUGAAACACUGGAAUUAAAGAUAAAAGACGAGUUUUGCUACCAGAAAAAAAAAAAAUAUAUAUAUAUAUAUAUUGUUUUUUUUAAUUCACUGUAACAAGUAUAUUCACUACAGUACUUGAAAUGUUAUGCUUAAUUACAUAGUUUUUUUUUUUUUUUUUUUUUUUUUUUUUUUUGGGGGGGGGGGGGGGGGGUCAGGCUUAAAUAAUUAUACACUGGGAUUCAAAAUAAAUAAAUUCCAAACCACUUUUUUUAAAUAUUGCUUUUAUGUAUAUGUAUGUAUGAUUAUAUACAAUUACACAUACAUUUCUCUCUUUUCCCCUUAUGUUUGUUCUGUAAAUAUGUUAAUGUUUUGUUAGAAAUCUGGUUUAAGUUGUACCAUUUGUAUUCUUUGUUUGUAUAGAUACCUUAGUGUGUGCUGUAAUUAUUUUUUCUCUCCGUCUUUUACGUUUCGAUUUCGGUUGUAUAUAUAUAUAUAUUUUUUUUGUGGUUUUGUUUGGUUUUACUUUUGAAUGUCUGCUGGCAAUCUGGGAUUGUUAUUUUACUGAGUAAUAAAAUCCGGUUUUAUUUUCAA